AUGUCCACCAAUCCCGUUGACGUGUUGUCAUCCCUACUUACUUAUUUGCGAGACCAUGAUACAUGUAGUCAACAGAGUAGGGAGGCUGAUGCAUCAGCAACGAGGAAGUGCAUUGAGUCGGCUCUCACUUUGCUGGAGUAUGGAGGUAUGCCGCAGUGUGCGUCUACGGCUGACCUUGAGUAUCUGAGAGGGGUCAUGAAGCGUCGAUGGAUAGACCAGAAUACCCCCUUGAGCGAUCGUGCUGAACAGGAGAAGCUCUUGUGGCAGCGAAUUGUGUCGGUGACGAGGGAGCCUUCGACUGAAGAUAUCGAUAUUGAUGAUAUCUGCGAAACCCUUAUUACCGAGCUUCAUCUCACCAGGAGCGAGGCUCUUCGUGCAAAACGGCAGCAGUGGGAGACGGUGGUAAGCGAGGAAUCGAAUAUGACUAAGUCAUUGGCUAGAGAAGGAGAAGCUACUGAUAGUAUAUUGUCGAGGGUGAUUACAGGGAGAGCUCAUGGUGGUGGUGGACAGCUGAAUAAGGGGUAA